AUGUCCUAUCCUCAGGUUGCGUACACUAAGAAAGUGUCACGACAGAGACAAAUUAGAAACAAACAAAAACUCAGUUAUCAACAAAUGGUUUAUAGUAGCUCUGAAAGUGAAGCAGAUUCAAUGAAUGAUGAAAUGGAUGAUAGUCAAUGUCAACUAUUAGAUGAGGAAGUAACAACAACAGUGAGGCAAAUUGAAACAGAAGAUUAUUUAGGAGAUUGUUAUUUACCAAACGGAGAUGAUAAUGUGCAAGUACAUGAUGAUAUGUUUGAGUUAGAUUAUACACCACCACUAUAUCCACAAUCAACUAUUAGAACUGGUCAAGCCGUUAAACGAUUAAUGACAUUUUUUAUAAAGUCAAAUUUCGACAAACGAAAAAUAAUCAGAAUGAUGUGUUUAAUAAAGUCCAUUUUACCAACUCCAAACAAACUUCCAACAACAUUGAAGCAAAUCCUGAAAAUAUUUGGUAAAACUCCAUCCUUUAUAACAAAAUUUUAUUGCAAUAAUUGUCUAGCAUUAACAACAAAGCGGAAUGGUCAUCAUUAUUGUACUAAUUCGAGUUGUACACUAGCUGAUUUACAACUGUCGAAGAGACAAUUAACAGAAAUUGUUAUUAUGAACAUAAGAGAAAAAUUACAAUCAAUUGUUCGACGAAAUUUUUCUUUAUUCUCUGGUCAUGAAGAACUUUUUCCAGCAUUUGAUAUCCCAAGUGGUACUCGUUAUCAAUCAACAACCAAAAAAACUAUUCAUCCAAUUACAUUAAAUAUACAUGCUGAUGGUGCAGCACUAGUCCGAUCAACGAAAUCAGCACUGUGGCCUUGUUUUAGCUCAAUUGUUGAGUUACCACCACCGAUACGCGAAUAUCAAUCUAAUAUUUUAACAUUAGCGUUAUGA